AUGUUCUUUAAACCGAAAAGUGCCUAUUUUGGCCUUCGGGGAGGAUGGCUACAAUUCUGGCUCGCCGUUACUUGUGGUGUUGAGAUGACCCUUUAUGGUUACGACCAGGGAGUCUUCGGCGGUGUGGUCAUUUCACCCGACUAUCUUAAAGUCCACAAUCUCGUUGGCCCGACCAAGACAACUCUUCUCGGCACAGUCACCGCCAUUUACGAUAUUGGCUGUUUCUUGGGUUCUAUCCUCGCCUUCUGGAUCGGUGAGAAACUUGGCCGAAAAAAGACAAUUCUCUUGGGUACAUCGAUCAUGUUGGUUGGCGCAGUUCUUCAAACAUCUUCCUACAGUGUUGCCCAGAUGAUGACGGCUCGUGUCAUUUCUGGUAUCGGCAAUGGUCUCAACAGCUCUACUGCUCCUGUCUGGCAGACGGAGACUGCGACAUCCAGUCUGCGAGGAAAGUUGGUCAUUUUUGAGAAUGCUCUGCUGUUGGUUGGUUUCUCGCUGGCCAACUGGAUCAAUUACGGGCUUUCGUUUGUUUCGGGGCCUGUUGCAUGGAGAUUUCCUCUUGCCGUUCAAUUGCUCUUCAUCAUUAUCCUGUUCUUCCUCGUUCCAUGGCUUCCCGAAUCACCUAGAUGGCUAGUCAUCAUGAAUCGUAACGAAGAAGCCUAUGAGAUUCUCGGACAUCUCGAAGGCAAAGAACCGGAUGAUCCUACUCUUCUUGUGCAGAUGCAACACAUCAAGAACACCGUUGAAUACGAGCGCGUCAAUGCCGUCAGCUGGAGCGAUAUUUUUCGUGGCCGCGCCAACGAGAAAGCCGGCACUAAGUCUCUGCGUCGUCUUAUUCUGGGUAUGGGCACACAGUCCAUGCAGCAAUUCUCUGGUAUCAAUGUUACCUCAUACUAUCUACCCACUGUUUUGACUAAUGUGCAGUACCUCUGUUGGUCGUUCCUUGGUGUUCGACAAGUCGAUCGCUGGGGUCGUCGAAACUUGAUGAUCUUUGGUGCUGCAGGACAGUGUUUCUGUUAUAUCAUCAUCACUUGCUUGCUCAGAUUCAGCGAAUUGCCUGGCUAUGCUUAUAAGGAUAAUGUCGCCUCUGCAUCAGUGGCUUUCUUCUUUUUAUACUAUGUCUUUUUCGGUAUCGGCAUGCAGGGUGUGCCAUGGUUGUAUCCUACUGAAAUCAACUCCUUGACCAUGCGUACCAAGGGUGCCGCCAUCGGAGCCGCGACAAACUGGAUACUCAACUUCAUGGUCGUCGAAAUUACGCCCAUUGGUAUCCAAAACCUGAGAUGGCGCUUCUACAUCAUUUGGAUUGUGUUGAAUGCGGCCAUGGUUCCGACUAUGUACCUCUUCUACCCUGAAACCGCUGGGCGUACUCUUGAAGAUAUGGAUGAAUACUACCGCACCAACCCGCCUCUGCUCGUCUUCCGUGACAAGGAAGCUAUUUCUACUAAGCGUCCCGAUAGAUUUAGGGUUAUUGAAGAGGAAGGUAUUAUGAAGGAUGUGUACGACAAGGCUGCGCAGGAGAAGGAGGAGGCGGCGGCUCAGAUUGAGCAUGCUAAGUAG